AUGCCCCUCCGACGAUCACAAGCCGUAGCCAUUCUGGCACUCUUCGGUCUUGCCGCGGCAGUACCCAAGAAGAGGGACGCUUCUGUCUGCACCGAGGUCCGCUCCCGUGUUCCAUGGACUUCACUCACGAGCGAAGAGAAGGACGCGUAUAUCGCAGCUGACCUCUGCCUCAUCAAUGCACCAUCCAAGCUUGGCAUCGAAGGGGCAGUCACAAGAUGGGACGAUCUCCAGUGGCCGCAUGUCGUUCAGUCCGCUACUGUUCACGAUGUUGGCGCGUUCCUCCCCUUCCACCGAUACUACAUGACUGCCCAUGAGCGUUUGAUCAAGGACGAGUGUGGCUACACUGGUCGUAUGCCGUACUGGGACGAACUUGCCGAUCAGGGAAACAUGUCUUCAUCCGAGAUGUGGUCCACUCAGUACUUCGGUGGCAACGGCAGAGAGUCGGACUACUGCGUCGUCGAUGGGCCUUUUGCCAACCUGACUCUCCGAUGGUUGCAAGAUGGCUCCGUUAGCGAGCACUGCUUGACUCGCAUCCACAACGACUCCCUGCUCAGCUCGACCAGCCAGGCAAACAUUGACAAAUGCAAUGCCAUUGAUAACUACACCGAGGCUUGGGAAUGCUGGAAGGGCGGUCCUCAUAGUGGUGGACAUGCUGCCGUUGGCGGAAUCAUGCUCGACGGCACUCUCAGUCCCGGAGACCCAGUGUUCUACCUCCACCACUCCUGGUUAGACUUAUUGUGGUGGAGAUGGCAGAACCUCGAUAUUGAGACAAGAUUGACUGACAUGGGCGGCCCCAACUUGCCCAACGUGGGAGGUGGACCUGGAGGCCCUGGCGGAUCAUCCAACACUACUGCAGUCGCAGCUAGCCCGGGUGUGCCUUCAAACCCCAGCGGAGUAAUCGGCGGAACAGGUCCAGAGUUCACAGAUUACUUUGGCGACGGCGGAAAUACAACGACUCUGAACCACCGAAUUUACAUGGCCGAGAUCUACCCUAACGUCACUAUUGCCGACCUGAUGGAUCUUAAUGGAGAAGUCAUUUGCUCGGAAUACCUGGACGAUUGA